AUGGAUUUCGAUUGCAGAGCCCGGUGCUCCAUCCCUCCGCUAGAUGAGAUCGUGGCCCCCUUUUCCACUACUGCUAACUGCGGGCCUUACUCCAGAGCCAACUUCGUCGCCUACCUUGCAUCAUCACAUUGCACUGAAAAUUUGGAAUUUAUCGUCGAGCUCGACCGCUUCAUCGUUGCCCUAGCUGACCUUAGUAGAGCCAAUUUGACUGCCGCUGGCGAUGCAGAAAAGAAGAUCGCUCAACAAGACUCCCUCACUCAUCAGUGGCUGGUACUAUACAAGGUUUUCAUCGCAAAGGACCUGAUUAAAGAAGUCAAUAUCCCAUGGACUCUCCGUCUGACGUUCUUGGAGUCAAACCUACCCCCGCUUUCCGACCUCAGACAUACCCGUAGCGUGGUUUACGAGCUUUUGCUCGAUAGCUACAACGAAUUCAUCUUAUACACUCGCGAGUCAACUAAUGACUCGACUACUCUCCGGCGUCGCCUGGAAAUAGUCCCUCCGGACCAGCCACUGCCGCUGUGGUCUCAAACGUCCUGCUACUCCUCCGUCACUCACGACGUUGCCCCAUGCCCUCCAUACUGUCAUUCUACUCCCGCUGCAGAUAGAGAGAAGUCCAGUGCCGCGUGCUUGAAGGAUCAAUGGGAGAAAGCAUUGCUUGAUUUUGAGCUUGGCAAAUCUGAUAAUCACGAAACGACUCAUACCGAACAGCCUAGCUCCGAUUCAAACUCAAACUACGGCCUGUCCCGUAGCCGCAACGGCUCCGACGGCACUAUGAGUUCAGUGAGGACAUCAUCACGCGGUUCCUCUAUUGGAUCCAUGGUUGAUGGCAUCAAGGGCUACUCAAAUUUAAAGAAGGCAGUCAAAAAAUUCAAACACCGUCGCUCCCUGGCAGAGGGUGUUGACCUCCAAUGA